UUAUUUUUACGUUGCUAGGAGGAAUUCAAAAAGGACAAUCUUGUUACCACGGUGACAAAAUACUUAAACUUAAUAAAGUGUAUUAUUUCAUCUAUUUUAUAUUAUACAUAAUAAAAAAUUAGCCUUAUCUUUAUAUUUGAUUAAUGUCAUUUUAACUUGGUAAGCUUGGUUUCUGUUUGUGACAUGUUUUACAGUAAACAGUAACUCAGAAGUUUGAAAUCAUUAAUAUCUGUUUUUAUGAAUCGAACAAACAAAUAUGAGGUCAACCACUCCGGAGAAAUUCGCAUGGAGAAGUUUGUCAAUAGUUGUAAAUACUGGUUCGGUCUUGUGACAGCGUUAUACUAUGGUGGUACCAUUGUUUGUUUGUCUCUCUUUCAUGAUGAAUCCGCAUCUGGUUUACCGAGAAAUAGAAGGCAGUUAUAUAAGGCACUAACAAGACAAAAAGGAUUUCUACAUAGUCUAAUGAAACACGGUGUGCUUUCUCUUGAAGAAUGGGAUACCAUUUUUACAAAGGAAGAGGAAACCAAUUCGGAAAAUUUUGAUCUCGGAUUACUUAUGGCAUUGCUUCAAGCUCUGAUUCUUCCCGAACCUAAAAACGGCUGGAUGGAUCCGGACCCAUCAGACAUCAGUUACUCUGCUUUUUUAGUCAAACUGAGAUUUAUGAAGGACAAACUGACCAUGAUGAAGGACCCUCAUGACAUGAGUUCGUCAGAUUUUCGUUACUACUGGGACGAGCUUUGUGAAAUUUUAAAUGCAUUAGGAUUUGACCUGACCAAGAUUUACCAUCUUUAUCGUGCAACGAAACAUGAGACAUUUCACAUCAGCACUCAUCAUGCAUACAAGUUCCAGCAUUCUCUUGAUGCGUCUAAAAAGAUCUACAUUCAUAAAACAUUAGCCGAUUUGAAAAGUUUUUAUUCACGGCACUUAUCAAACGUUUGCACUGUCCUGAGCGUGGUCAAACACUCUAAGAUAGAAAGGAUUGAAGAAGAAUGCUUGAAACAAAAAAAACCACUGGCCGAAUUGGAAAACUCAUUAGAUCACCUACGUUAUUCAGAUUAUAAACACGCGCAGAAGUUUUUAACGCAAUGCACCAAGGUACACCAGGCAGUCAAGACAAAUGAAGAUGCACUCGAUAUCCUGAUAGCAAAAUACAACGAAAAUUUAGAAAAGGAAGAAGAAAAGUUGAGGAAAAGAGGAGAUGAUGAUGAAGAUAUGAACAUGCGAAAGAGAAGCAACACUUUUACUCUCAAGAAGGCAGCCGUUGUUGGUUGGUUGCGAAGAAACACAUUACGUAGUCUGAAUCCAAGACGAAGGACCUCGCUGCACCAAACAUCUGCACCUCCUGAGGAACAAACUGUGGUUGAUUUGGGAAAUUAUUAAAUCAGUGAUUGUUUUUUUUUUUGGUUAAUUUCAGUUGAUAAACAAUGACAUUGUGUAUGCCAUAAUUACAGGUGAUACCAACAUAUCUCUAUGUACUUUUAAAUGAAGUACAUAUAUACUCCUGCAUUAAAUUUUUUUUUGUAUAUGUUAAUUUAUUUGUUUAAAUAGGCGAACUAGCAAAAAGUAUUCUACAACGACCACUUACCCUAUGUAUGCAGCGAGCGCAUAUUGUUAGAUGCUUUGUCUACUUCUGUUUCCAUGAUGGUAGACGUUGUGAGAAAAUCUAUACAUCUCUGGCAUUUUUUUUCCGUAAUGUGAUGUUUGUUGCAUCAUAGUGAAUUUUAAUAUCUCUUUUUAACUGUAUCUCCAAAGCGUCAACACAACCCCAGGGCUUGGUUGUUUUUGUACUGGGUUUUAUUGGAAUAUAUAAAAAGUCCUGGGAAACAAGUUUAUGUAUUAGAAUAUUUUAAAACCACAACCACAAUUUUUUUGUACAAAUGGCAGACGCAGCAAAAAAAAAACAUUUGUCAUAACCCACACAUAAUACACGUUUCCCGAAUUUUUUUGUCUUUUUUUUUGACUAACAAGUUGUCCAGCAUUUUACCCACCACUUUUAGAAGCAAUGAAAAAUACAACAGACACGCUAUAAAAUAUUAUGGAUUUUAUAGUCGACAUCUAUUAACAUAAAAAGUUCUAUCGGUUUUAUCACUUUCAUGGAAACGCAAGUUAUGCAAGAAAAUGUCACAAAAGAUGUUACACAAAUUUGUAGUUGUUUUUUUUAUUGUUAACUUUUUAAUAGUUUCUUAUAUAUAGUUGUUAUUUUUAUAGUUGUUGGCUCAGUUUAAAAAACAUUCCUACCUUUUCCUCUGAAUAGUUGAAUGUAAAUAUUAGUAACUGUAGAAUUAAAAUACUCUAAAAAAUUUUU